AUCCAGAGCAGUGAGCAGUUUCAUGACGAGAGGAAACAUGACCAGGGAGACCUUCAGAGUGUUAAGACUGUGCCGGCAUCACCUGGUUCUGCUCCGAAGAAAUCCACAUCCUGGCUUGCCAGUUCAGACAUCCAGAUCCUUCAGUUCACUCAGGGAAGGUAAGCGCAGGGGGCUGCUGUGGAAGACGCUGGUCGGCCUCUCUGUCGGCGUACCGGUGGCAGUGGGAGUCCAGUAUGCUGUGUCCAACCCUAAAGAGAGGAGGAAGAUGAGGAUUGUGAUUGAAGGAUUCGGUCGGUUCUGCAGAUCUGUCUCUGUGGGAAUCUUUAUCUCUGUGGAUUACUGGUGGACCACCAAUGUGCUUCUGCGUGGAGCUGAUGAGAGCAGCCCAUCCUACGUGACGGAGAUGUCAGCCUGCCACCAGAGGGCAGCAGACUGCAUGGUGGAGGGAGCUAUAAGGAACGGUGGGAUAUACAUCAAACUAGGCCAAGGUCUGUGUGCCUUCAACCACCUGCUGCCCCCCGAGUACAUCCGCACCCUGCAAAUACUGGAAGACAAGGCCUUGAACAGGAGGUACAAAGAGGUGGAUGCUCUCUUUCAAGAAGACUUCGACAAAUCUCCGGAGCAGCUUUUUAAAACAUUUGACUACGAACCUAUAGCUGCUGCCAGCUUGGCUCAGGUUCACAAGGCAGAAAUGUUUGAUGGAACUCCCGUCGCUGUGAAGGUGCAGUACAUUGAUCUCAGGGAUCGGUUCGAUGGUGACGUCAGAACGCUGGAGAUCCUGUUGGAUAUCGUUAAGUUUAUGCACCCCAGUUUUGGAUUCCGAUGGGUCCUUAAGGACUUGAAGGGCACACUGGCUCAAGAGCUGGACUUUGAGAAUGAGGCCAGGAAUUCAGAGAGAUGCGCUGAGGAGCUGAAACACUUUAAAUUUGUCGUCGUACCCAAAGUCUUCUGGGAGCAAACUAGCAAGAGAGUGUUGACGGCAGAGUUUUGCAGCGGCUGUAAAAUCAACAACGUGGAAGAAAUUAAACGGCAAGGAUUAAAAUUGAAAGAUGUUGCUGAUAAACUGAUAAGAACAUUUGCUGAGCAGAUAUUCUACACUGGUUUUAUCCAUGCUGACCCUCAUCCUGGAAAUGUUCUGGUGAGACGAGGUCCCGACAACAAGGCUGAGUUGGUGCUUUUGGACCACGGCUUGUACGAAUACCUCACUGAACAAGACAGAGAGUCCCUCUGUAGACUGUGGAGGUCCAUCGUGCUGAGGGACGAGCAGGAAAUGAAGAAGCAGUCCGACGCUCUCGGGGUCAAACAGUACUUCCUCUUCUGCGAGAUGCUGCUGCAGCGACCCAUCAACAUGCGCAGCUUUGGUCUGUCCAACAUCCUGAGCAAAGAGGAGACGGCCUACAUGCGGCAAAUGGCCAUCCACCGCUUCGAAAACAUCAUGCAGGUGCUAAAAGCGAUGCCACGGCCCAUGCUGCUGGUCUUCCGUAACAUCAACACGGUCCGGAGCAUCAACAUCACGCUGGGAGCGCCGGUGGACCGCUACUUUGUCAUGGCCAAGAGUGCUGUGCGAGGCUGGGGGAAGAUUCAGGCUGAGAAGACGGGGAUACUGCCCAGGCUGUGGGUGUUCCGCUGGGGGAGGACAACGUGGGAGAGCCUCAAGUUCGAAGUGGCUCUGAGAUCCGAGAUGGCAAUGAUGAGUCUGACGCGUGCCUUCCUGAGGCUGCUGGACUAUUUGGGUCUCACAUCCGUGGACGCCGACAUGUACGAGUACCUGACAUAGUGCACGGACAGCGAAAAAGGACAUAUUCCAACCACAGGUGACUGUAGCUCAGGAGCAAGGAGCCUUUCACUGCUGGUUACGGUGCUGCUUGUGUGUGUGCAAUGUUCCCUCACCAAAUCAUAUUCAGUGUCAGGAUGGGCGACAACGUCCUCGACUCCAGGACUGUACGGCACCAAAUCCACAACAGAGCAGACGCCAGAACAUAACAGCCAAUUAUCCUUCUUGUCAUUUAUGGACUGGUGUUUUAAUGUAAUCCAUUUAGAAAUUUUAAUUUUACACAUUUUAAGCUGUAAUUUAUGUUUUUGAGGAAUUGCUGACAUUUGCCUAUUUAUUCUUUUAGACAGCAUUUUAGAGAAGCUGCCCCAGCUGGACAGUGUAUCAGGCUGAAUCACUGUGUUGUGUGUGUAGCUAUUGGCCAUAAACCAAACUACACAUAUGCAUCUUCACCAUAACUGACCAGUCCAUGCUCCAGAAAUAUUUCAAUGAGACGCUACCAUUUAUGUUCAAAUUGUAAAUCGCUGUCAAGUCUGUUGUGUCUCAUGUGUCUUGAGUUCAGCUGAAGCCCAUAUAACCUGUGUGCAGGUUGAAAGAACCGCCCAGUGCCACCUAACCAAAUGUUUUUAAGUUAUUUUAACAUGGUAAUAAAAUUUUCUACCUCCACUC